AUGUGUAAUACAUUCUCCAUUCCUGGUGUGACUCUGGAAGGAAUUAGACUGUAUCUCUUCCCGUAUACACUACAAGAUGAGGAAAAGAGGUGGGAUCAUUCAUUAGAGCCAAAUGAAAUUAAUUAUUGGGACCAGUUGGUCGAGCGAUUCAUGAAGAAAUUCUUCGCGUCCGCAGUCAACGCAAGAAGACAGAGAGACGUGUUGAAUUUUGAACAGAUGGAAAACGAGAUUUUGAGCACCGCAUGGGUGCGAUUCAGAAGAUUUGUGAAGAAUUAUCCGUACAUCAGGAUUACUGAUUGCGUUCUGAUGGAAACCUUUUACAAUGGCCUGGAUAGAUCGACGCAAGUUGUUGCUAAUGCCUCCGCGGCAGGUGGAUUCAUGGACAAAACGUACACUGAAGCCAAGGUCAUCUUGGAUCGAAUUUCGCGAAACACAGAUGAUUGGGAAGACGAUGGGUAUAGGGGAAGAGGCCCCGAGAGGAGAAAAGCAGAAAGCGCCAUUGUACCUGCGAAUACAAUGACCACAUUGGCCGCACAAAUGGCCGCAGUUACCUCUCUCCUCCACAUGAUGGCGAUCAAUCAGGGAAGCCUCUCCCAGGGUGCAGCGCAAGCCAAUGCGCUAGCACAAGUUGCAACAAUAAGCUAUGCACAAUGCGGAGGGGGUCAUUCAGCAGAAAUGUGCCCAUCAAACCCACAGAUAGUGUACUUCAUUCAAAAUAACCCGUACAGCAACAAGUACAACCCGAGUUAG